GGCCGUUGCUCCAUGUCUAUAAAAUCCAACAAUUCCUAUAUUCUAAACCCAAAUUUCCCGAGCGCAUAUAAAACCCCAGGUACUUGUACCUAUUAUAUCAACAAAGAAGAACCCAAUAUUUGUGUUGCCAGGUUAGAUAUGGUUCAAAUGGUAUUAACGAAUCCAGACGGUGACGGUUUAUGUAAUGAAAAAGACUAUCUAGAGAUAUCUACUCCAUCUGGAUAUGUUACUCCCAAAUUAUGCGGGAAAAACUCCGACUACCAUAUGUAUGUUGACAUAGGCCCAGUACCAACGGAUAACCUUGUAAUUAUGUUUACGCUGGUUGGAACACAACAAAACAGGUACUGGGAGAUCCUAGUGAAGCAGUACACUUGUGGGUCUAAUCUUGUUCCAAUUGUUGGAUGUAUGCAGUACUUUACUGGGAUUUCUGGUUUAUUUGAAAGUUAUAACUGGGAGAAUUCUGAUGCUUUUUUCCACCUUGCAAAUAUGGAUUAUUCAAUAUGCUUCAGGGAUCAAUCUUCUUCGAACAUCAGACAUUAGACAUAUUUAAUUUAGACAAUA